CUCUCUAAAUCGAAUGUUUUGCUGUGUACAAUGGCGUGCGUCUAUUUCAUAAACACGCCGGCUGCUUAUGUUUACAAAUAUGGACCCAUUUAAACUGUGCCCGUUCGUUGGGCGGCAAUUGUAAACUAUUGUUAAAUUUAUGAUUAGUCAGACGCAAUGGAAAUUCGUUUCUAAUGAACGCACUUGAAAACUUUUCGCGGUUUUCAAAGUGAAAGACAAAAGUAUUAGUGAAAAAGUAUUAUAAUAUAUAAAGUGGGUGUAGAACAAAGUUUUUUAAAUAGUAGUGUGUGAACAAAGUUUAUUAACUAGUUUUAAAUGUGUGUGAACUAUUUAUUAUAGUUGUAAAACUAAGUCAUUAGGUACGUGAAAAUUUGUGUUUAAAUAAAGUUACACCCCAAACAAGAUGGCCCAGGACAACAGCAACUCCACUAUGGAGAUGGGAACCAGUGACCAGGUCCUGGUGGCAACGAAACGUAAGAAGACUAUAGGAUACAUCAUCGGAACUAUCGCCAUGUUGGCCGUAGGAGGAGUUGUGAUAGCUCUUAUCGUAGUGUUAUCUCCUGAUAGUGCCGCUACCCCAACCCCAACACCUUCACCUAUCGUCUCGCCAACCACAGAUACAUCAGCAGGCUCAACGGAAGGCCCGACUUCUCCUCUAACUCCAUCGUCAACAACUGGGCCUACUUCAACAACUUCAACUACUACGACAACAACAACGACGACGACAACAACAACGACGACUACAGAAUCUCCAAGUGAAGGUCCUGGACCACUGGAUUUGGAAGAUAUCAUUGAUGGAGUGUUCUCGCCACCGUCUUUCAACGCCACAUGGGCAACAAGUAGCGAACUGUUGUUCCGAAACGCCAAUGGCGACUUGGUGCUGUAUGACGUGGAUAGCGACAGCCCGAUGCCUAUAAUUUCCAACACAUCUAAGAUUUUGCAAGAAGCCAGCCGAGUAAUGCAGUUGUCUCCUGAUGGCAAUGAAGUUAUAUUAGCAUACAAUGUAGCACCGGUGUACAGAUACAGUUUCCUUGCCCGCUAUACUGCAGUGAACAUUGCAACCGAAGAAGAAGUGCCCAUCGUUCCUCCAGGCAUUGCCAGAGACCAGGCGUUCCUCCAAAACUUCGUAUGGGGACCCUCAGGAACAUCUUUGGCUUUCGUCUACCGGAACGAUAUCUACUACCAGGCUUCUUUAAGAGAUACUCCUCGUCGGAUCACAGAUGACGGUGUAUUGAAUAUCAAGUACCACGGUAUCCCCGAUUGGGUAUACGAAGAGGAAGUAUUUGGUUCGAGCAAUGCUAUAUGGUUCUCCAAAGAUAAUACCAAAAUGACGUACGUCACCUUCGACGAUACUGCUGUGGAAGUGAUGAGGGUCCCCCACUACGGUAUUCCCGGAGAUCCGAAUUAUCAAUACACUCGUCAUUCUCAGAUCCGGUACCCCAAGCCUGGCACUACCAACCCAGAAGUAAGGGUAACUCUGUUGGAUUUGACCACGAAUCUUGAGAACGUGUAUAACGCUCCCACUGACAUAAAUGAGCCUAUUUUGAAGACAGUGAAGUUCAUAACUAACUCAGCGAUUGCCUUGGUGUGGACAAACAGGGUGCAAACUUCUCUAAGGGUGCAACGCUGCACGGCUGGUUCAAAUACUUGCACAACGGUGUUCAAUUACGCUGAGACCAACGGUUGGAUUGACAACAUUCCGUUCUUCUUCAACGAUGCUGGAAAUUCUUUCAUCACUAUUCUGCCCCAAGCCGUCGAAGGUGUCCUGUUCAAGCAAAUUGUUCAAGUUACUGAAGGUGUUGCUGCUACCAUUAAUCGCGUCAACAGCCCUCACACAGUUCUUGAGAUCCUUGCCUGGGGUUCUGACGAUGUUAUCUGGUACAAAGCAACAAGCGUUAGUGAUUCUCGGGAACAGCACAUAUUCUCAGCGAACUCUCAGGGUCACAUCUCCUGCUUCACUUGCAACAUUCGUCGGACGGACGGAGGUGAAUGCCUCUACAAUGAAGGCACCGUCAGCACUUCUGGAGACAGAAUCACCAUUAACUGUGCCGGACCUGAUGUACCACAAAUCUUUAUCUACAAAACUAACGGUGAACUGCUGCGCGUUUGGGACGACGGUGCGGAUCUGUCAGCUCUCAUGGCUAACCACACGCUACCCGUGACUAUCCGAGCACAAAUACCUACGUCACUAGGUCAGACGAGCUCUGAUAUCCACAUCCAGGCACCUGCCGACUAUGCUCUAAGAACUAACGUACCACUGCUCGUCUAUGUGUACGGUGGUCCCGACACGGCUCUAGUGACGAGGCAAUGGAGCCUUGACUGGGGCAGUUCUCUAGUCACUCGUUGGGGUAUUGCUGUGGCUCAUAUUGAUGGCAGAGGAUCCGGCUUGAGAGGAGUCGCAAACAUGUUCGCCUUGAACAGGAGACUCGGAACCGUUGAGGUUGAGGACCAGAUCUUUGGCGCAAAAUAUAUUCAAGACAAUUUCCCAUGGAUCGAUGCCAACCGGACCUGUAUCUGGGGUUGGUCUUACGGAGGCUACGCGGCAAGUAAAGCACUGGCUGAAGGAGGCGAUGUCUUCAGAUGUGCUGCAGCCGUCGCUCCUGUGGUCGACUGGAGAUUCUAUGAUACUAUCUACACCGAACGUUACAUGGGCCUCCCACGGGUGGAUGACAAUGCUGAGGGCUAUGCAACGUCCUCCCUUCUCACCGAUCAAGUGGCGGCGUCCCUUCGUGACAAGAGCUACUUCUUGAUCCAUGGCACAGCUGACGACAAUGUGCACUAUCAACACGCCAUGUUGCUGUCUAGGCUGUUGCAGAGGCGAGAUGUCUACUUUACGCAAAUGAGCUACACAGAUGAGGACCACGGUCUGGUUGGUGUAAGGCCGCAUCUCUACCACGCACUAGAGAAGUUCCUACAGGAAUAUAUGUUGUAAUCGCUCCAAACAUUCCAAAAUAGAUAGUUCAACAUUUUUGCUCAGUGGUACCUCUAUUUAAAAAAAAAACUAGUUUUAAAAAAAACUACUUCAAACAUAGAAAGAAAAUUAUCUUUCCUAUGAAGUUCUUAACAUUUUUAACGGAUGGUACUUAGUCAAAUCACAGUUAGUUUUAUCGAUUACGAUUCAUUAAGAACUGUAAUCUAUUCUUUAAAAAAAGAAUUAUGAACCAUAAACAAUAUUGUCUAGAAUUUGCGUCUCGAUGACCUCAUUUUACUCAAGGCUAUGAACUAAUAAAAUACAAUAAGAAUAUUUUUUUCAUUUUAAUUCCAUCAUGAAAAAAAAUAUACUAAAAUAUAUUUUAAUAAUAAAAUAGAUACUUUAUCAAUUACAGAGUUACCUGUCUGUUAGCACAAUAAAUUAUUUUUAAAAUAAAAAAUAAAAUAUUUUAUGAGUCAUGUAAAUAAUUUUAUUACUGAGUAUUUUGAUGUUACUUAAAGUUGCCAAUGUAAUAGAAUGAAACAGGGUUGCCAGUGGUUAUUUGUAGAUAUUAAUAAAUAAUUAUAAAUCAAUAAAUAUUUAUGUUAAACAAAUCUAACCGGACAAUAGUCUAAACACGUUAUUUCUAGUUCGCUGUUUGUAUAGUUUCAAUGGAUCGUUCUUAUACUGAUUUCAUUUGUAAAUAUUUUAAGUACUUUAAGUACAAAAUAUCUAAUAAAUAAAUAAAUGUGUUUUCUACA